GCUACUUGAGUUCAGUUUGCUUUCAACAAGCCGAACAUGAGUAAAACACAAUUAUCAAGACUUUUGGACGAAGAAGAGUAUGAAACUGUUUCAGAAAAUUUUAUCACGGAUGAUAACGAAGGAGUUUAUUUGAGCAGUAGUGAGCCGAGGCGAAGAAUUGAUUACGUGUUGGUGUUUGAAACUUGUGAAGAAAAUGAAGAAGCAAGUGAACAAUCUGCGGCUGCCACUCUUAAACUGACGACUCAAAGAACAUAUUUCGAAAACCAGCUCGAAAGACGAGGAUUAAUCCUUCAGCGACAGACACGCGCGAUUCAACAGAAGGAUACUGAGGUUUUGAGGCAUUUUGUCUUGGUUCACGUUCCCUUGGAAGUUCUCGCUGAAAGAGCCGAGUCUGCAAAACUGAAGGUUCCCUUUCUGGUUAACGACACCACUUUUACUUCUUGGAUGGAGUACUUGCUGGGAUCAACUGUAGUUACGGCCAUUAACAGGAGAAACCCUUUUAAGAUUCGUGAUGCAUCUAUUGAGAAAAAUACGGAUUACUUCAUGGGCCAAUUCAAAAGAGAUCAUCUUUCCAAGUAUGUCUUUGAUCAGAAUGUCGGUGAAAAUUCGCUUUUUCCAGUCACUGAUCGCCAACAUCUUCUGCAGCAAAUCCUUCACAGCACUCCAUUCUCAGAUCAACCGGAUGACGUGGGUCUCUCGAAGCUUCUUUAUGAUGGUGUAUAUCUGGCAUGUUAUCCUUUGCAUGAAGGAACACAUCGAUUAGAAAGUGGCGAGUCUCCAAAAAACAAACGCCAGCAAUUGAAGAGAGACUGGGCAAGAUUUGGCAGAAUUUUCAAAUACCAGCCGUACGACGCCAUCAAGGAAUACUUUGGCCAUGAAAUCGGCUUGUACUUCGCCUGGCUUGGAUUUUACACUGGCAUGCUGGUUCCACUUACAAUGAUUUCUUUGAUCGUCUUUCUUUAUGGCAUCAUAUCAACUGGUUCUCAUAUUCCAGUACAUGACAUGUGCAACGAAGACAACAGGGGUCGAUGGUACAUGUGCCCAUUGUGCGAUCGACAGUGUAGCUAUUGGAAUUUAGCUCCAGACACAUGUAUUUACGCCAAAUUAACGCAUUAUUUUGACAAUAAUGGAACUGUGGCUUUGGCUUUCAUCGCAUCCAUAUGGGCGUCACUUUUUCUUGAAUUCUGGAAACGUCGUCAAGCUGUCCUCGCCCAAAAGUGGCACACAUCAGAGUUUGAAGAAGAGGAAGAAGAAUUUCGCCCAGAGUACUUAGCAAGCCUGACUGAGGAAGAGCUUAAUCCUUACAAACCUGACCCGUUAACCGGAAAAAUCGGCCCAAAUGUUUUCAAAAUCAAGAAGUUUCGACGAUUGGGUUUUGCGUGCAACGUCAUUGCCUUCAUGAUCCUUCUUGUGAUUGCAGCAAUGAUAGGUGUGGUUGUGUACCGUGCAGCAGUUUUCGCAGUUUUCAGCAGCAGUUCUGACAAGAAAAUUGAGCAGGGGGCCCGGAUCCUAACAACAGCUACAGCAGGCUUGCUUAACCUGAUAGCAAUCACGAUUUUAAAGUUGGUCUACAACAAACUGGCUGUCUUUCUGACAGACUGGGAGAACCAUCCCACUAAAACAGCUUAUAAAGAUAGCUUCAUCCGCAAGAUGGCCCUGUUCCAAUUUUUCAACAACUAUACUUCUAUAUUCUACAUCGCUUUCUUCAAGUCAGAAAUGAUUGUUGGGACUCCAGGCAGGUACAGAAGAGUGCUGGGUAAAUAUAGACUGGAUGGGUGUAGCGAGCAAGGAUGCUUUCUGGAGCUGGCCAUUCAGAUUGCCAUCAUUAUGGUUGGACAACAAAUUUUCUACAACAUCACAGAAAUUGGAAUUCCGUACAUAAUGUUGUUAUGGAAAAGGCGAGGCCAGGAGAAGGUUGGUGACCGACCACAGUAUGAGCAGGAUUUUGAUUUGAGUCCAUUGGAGGAGCACUUCAUGUUCUGGGAAUACCUUGAAAUGGUUCUGCAGUACGGCUUUAUAACCAUGUUUGUGGCUGCAUUUCCUCUUGGCCCAUUGUUUGCACUUUUAAAUGUAAUCGUAGAGAUUCGCUUGGAUGCCAUUAACUUUUUGUGCCACUUCCGCCGUCCUGAUGCCGUCCGAGCUGAAGACAUAGGAGCCUGGUACACUGUAUUGGAAACCAUCACUAAGAUUUCCGUGUUGGUGAACGCCUUUGUGUUGGCUUUUACCUCCGAAUUUAUUCCCAAGCUCGUCUACAAGAUGGUUUACUCGGGACGAAAUGGCGAUCCCUCGAGUAAAGGGACACUCAUAGGAUACGUCAAUAACAGUCUCGCAUCCAUUGACCUAAAGACGCUCUUCACAUGGGAAAAUGGCACGCAACCAAUCAAUCCCACACAAAAUCUCAAUUACGCGCGGGACUACUGCAGGUAUAAAGGUUACCAUGACAACUUUUACCCGUACAAGCGCUCCAGUGAGUACUGGAACAUUCUUGCUGCUCGACUCGCUUUCGUGUUUGUUUUCCAGUUAACUGUGUAUUUCAUAACAACAUUCAUCGCAUGGAUCAUUCCCGACAUACCUGAAGAAUUGGAAUACAAGAAGAAGCGAGAGAAAGAGCUGGAAAAAGCAAUUAUCCAUGAUCACGUUAACUCGAACUUCUAAUAUUCUCGUAAUUCGCCUUCGUCGCUUUCUAAAGUAAAGGAUGAGUUAUCAUCACAAGAAAAACAACAAUUACAAUCUUUGUUGCUUAAUAUUUUAGAAAUUAUACGACAAUUUUCAAAUAAAUGAGCCAAAAGGCCUAUGAAUGAAUUGUUCAUAGACUGAUUAUUUACAAAUAGAGAGAGUACAGCCACUUCAAAAAGCGAAUGCUUAAGUUCAGCUAAGUGCCUCAUCGUUGCGGUUAAAA